AUGCGCGAAAAUAUGAAACAAUCCAUGCUACAGUCGAUCAAUAGGGGCACUCUGGAUCUUUCCAUUAGUCCAAAACCUAGAAACAGACUCACUCAAGAGUCUCCUGGUGGAGGUUUUGUUUGCGGAGAUUGCGGUAGAACGUAUAAGCUGAAGAGUUCCCUCAGGAACCACCAAAAGUGGGAAUGUGGUAAAGAACCGCAAUUUAAAUGCCCCUAUUGCGUCUACAAGGCCAAGCAGAAGAUGCACAUGGCUAGACACAUGGAACGGAUGCAUAGAGAGAUAGAUUACACGUCUGUCAAAACCGAAAUUAAAGAUGAAGAGAAUAUAGAAAAUAAACAAAUUGAAAGUAACAAUGACAAUAAUAGCGUUAUUAACGACUACAAACUGGAAGAAAAGGAGAACAAACCCAGGAAGAAAAAGAGAAAGACGUUCGAAAAUAAUGACAGUUUGGAUAUUCCCGUAUUGACUGAACUAUUUAUGUGUCCCCAAUGUACAAAAAGUUACCGGUUAAGACACUCUUUGACCCGUCACAUCAAAUUCGAAUGCGGAAAAGAACCAAAAUACGCUUGCAGCCUCUGUCCUAGAAAGUUCAAGCACAAGUACGAUCUGUCUGUGCACGAAAAAGGAAAGCAUUUCAAAAAUAUGCCUCAGUUAGUUGAGAAAAUGGGCUUGGACGAUGACGUUGGUGAAUUUUCAGAAAAGCUUAGGCAUGCUUUGACUGGAAUUAGGGAGAACCAAACUGUUUAAACGUUUUGAGAAGCUAUCAAUAGUUUACUGUACAUUCAUUAUAUCUUUUCAAACAACAAAAUAAUUUGUUCAACUAACUUGUAACACCAAAGGACAUAUUAAGUUAGUUUAGGCAUGGAAUACAUACAAACUGGGUAAAAUAUAAUUGUUAGUGGUACUACAAAUAAAAAAAAAUGUUCCUCCAAAUAACAUUAAGUACAUUUAAUGCAGAAGUAAACAUAUUUAAGAGUUCGACCAAUUUUGGCAGCUCUGCAAUUUGUUGUCUCAGUUCAAGCCUGUUCAGUAUUUAGGAAAAAUUGCAAAUUAAAAUCUUCGACAUGAUGUUCAGUUUCAAUUUAACGUUACGUUGGUACUCGAUAAAAUCUUCUGAAUGUAAUUCUGUUGACUAAUUAAAAUAGAUCCAUUUAGUUCCCUUUUAAUCUUUAUGCCCAAGAAUCUUUUUAGAGGUUCCUUUCUAAUUUUAAUCUUAUUUUCCAGGUAGUUUAAUAACUCUUCAAUUUCUAUAACCUUUCUUAAAUCAAUAAUACCUUUAUCUACGUAGAUUACUAGAACUAGUUUGUCAUGACCAAUUUUUACAAAGCGCAUGGAUUUGAUAGUGUCUGUUUUACGUUAAUAUAUUUUCAAAUUUUUGAUUCAAACAGAAUGAAGCUUGUUUUAGUCCAUAUAGAUUAAGUUGAAUCUUCAAAAUCAACUAGUUAUUACAUGAGUCUCCUUAUAGAAAUGUUGUUCUGACAUCGAACUUCAGCUAAAUUCAGAUUCUAAUGGGCAGCUAUUACCAGCACCAUUUUUGUAGAUUUGCACUAAGCUAUUGGACUAAAAGUGUGUGUAAUCUCGGCUAUAAUUUUGCCAAUACCUCUUCGCCAGUAAUCCUACCUUGUAAUUACCUCCAGUUUUCAUUCUAAAAAUCCACCUGUUGGUUAUAACAUUUCGCCAGGAGGUAAUUCAACCAAGGUCCAGUUCUUGUUUUUCUGUAAUGCAGUUAAUUUUUCUUCCAUGGCUUUUCUCCAGUGUUUAUCUUGAAUUGCUUUGAUUUGAACAAAUUGUUCUCUUUCUGCCAAAUAGCAAACAAUCAUUUGGUUCAAAUUUUUGUUGUUUCUUCCUCUUUUUCUUCAAAUAUGGUAGUACUGCUGAUCUGACUCCUUUCUUAAAAAUAAUAUCUCAAAAAAUAUUUGUGAGGGUUUUUCUGCCCAUGACAUUUAUUUAUUAAAAGGUUGAUAUAUAGCUGCCUCAACUAAUGUUCUCAUGUUACGUUCAGCUGAUGAAUUUUGUUUAGGUGUAUAUACCACAGUUAGUUCAUGUUUUAAGCAUUGCUUGCUAGCUUUAUGAUAAAUUUUUGUUCAAUUUUAAAGAUUUUCUUCCCAGUUUCAUUCCUAAAACGUGGAAUAUAAUCUUUAAUACAUCCAAAUAUCUCAACUUUUGUUUUAAGGAAGUAUACUUUACGUAGGUGAGAAAAAUCAUAUUUUCGGAGCAAAUAGUAAUGAUAUCUUGCAGUGGAUGGUUCUCUUCCAUGGGUUCCCAUACAAUUUUUGAACUCAUUCAUGAUGAUGAUGAUGAUAUUGCUUGCCCAUAUUGAACAUUAUUUAAUAUUGUUUUCAAUGAGUGUACAGUGUUGAAUAAUUUGAUGUGCUAAUUUUUGUUGCCAUAUCAUCAGAGAGUUGUCUUUAAGAUAAUUAGCCAAUGGUGAACACAUCAUAUAUUUGUGGAUGAAAAAUAUAGUCGAAAACCACAUAGCUUCGGUGUACAAUAGAAAAAUGUUUUACAGUAAACUAUUGUUUUAGCUUCUGAUAAUUUUUUUAGUGAGCUAUAAUCUUGCCAUUGAUUUGUAUUUGAUAAUUGUUUUAGUUUUAUAAGUUUCUUUUUUAGUUGAUAUUAAUUAUAUUUUGACGUUUUAAAUUGAGACUUUUCGGUGUUUCAUUUUUGAUAGUUAUUAGUAAAUAGUCUAAAGUUCAAAUUAUUAAAAGACUGAAAAAAGAAAAAUAGUAAGUUACUAUAUUUAUAGAAUUUUUGUUGUAAAUUUUUUAAUUCCAAUAUUU